ACACAGACUGAUAUCCGUGGCCGUCCUCCACGUGCGCAGCGGAGUGCGGGAGUCCAACGCCAACAGCUUGGUCAGACUUGGAUCCACUUACAGGGACAAUGCCAGGCAGUCAUUGGGGAUAUGGAAAACAGGACGGUCCCUCUGUGUGGCACAAAAGCUUCCCCGUUGCCGAGGGGAGCCGGCAGUCUCCCAUUGACAUCGUCCCCCAACAGGCUUCACAUGAUCCCAGCCUGGGUCCGAUUGUCCUGAACUAUGAUCGAUGUACCUCCAUCAACAUCGCCAACAAUGGACACUCUGUUGUUGUGGAGUUUGAGGACUCGGACGACCGUUCAGUGAUCCAGGGAGGCCCUCUUGACAACCCUUACAGGCUGAAACAGUUCCACUUCCACUGGGGCGGAAAAGGCUGCGAUGGCUCUGAGCACACUGUUGCAGGAAGGAGCUACGAUUCUGAGCUUCAUUUAGUACACUGGAAUGCUGUCAAGUACAAGACGUUUGGGGAGGCGGCAGAAGCUCCUGAUGGCCUCGCUGUCCUCGGCAUCUUUUUAGAAACAGGUGACGACCACAGAUGGCUCCACACGAUAACAGACGCUCUCUACAUGGUGAAGUAUAAGGGCAGUGUCACAGAUUUCAAAGGUUUCAACCCUAAGUGCCUCCUGCCCAGUAGCCUCCACUACUGGACCUACCUGGGAUCGCUGACCACACCCCCACUGCACGAGAGCGUCAUCUGGAUUGUUGUGCAGGAGCCAAUCAUGCUGUCUGAAAAACAGCUGGGCAAAUUUAGAACGCUUCUGUUCACUGGAGAGGAAGAGGAUCAGAGGACACGCAUGGAAAACAACUUCAGGCCUCCCCAGCCUCUCAAAGGAAGGAAAGUGCGCUCCUCCAAUUAAUGUGACCCCAAGAGAUCUGCGGGCGUAGACAACAAAGGCUCUUUUAGACAACGCUGAAUGCAUUACUUUGAUUGUACUGUUUUACCUCAUGGUAGCUUGUCCUGAGGAUUGCUGAUUUUCUUUGUACAGAAAGGUAAUUCUCAUCACUGCCAGCACCUUAAGAUGCAUGCGUCCCUCUACUGGUCAGAAGCUCCAGGGGCAGACGGAAGAAUCAGUUAUUGAAUGAUUAAGGGAAAAAUAAAAGGGAUGUAGAAAAGAAAUACAAUAUUAACACUGCAGAUUUGACUACUGUGUGCUAUUUGUUGAUAUGAGCUAUAUGUUGAUGAAGAUUCAAAGGGUGGAUGUGUACAUGUAUCUUUAUAGCUGUUCAAGGAAAACAAGUGCUGCUGUGGCAAGCUCUUGUAAGGUGCUAUAGAAUUUAAUAUUAUAUGUGUAUGUAUCUAGUAUGUCUGUUUACCCGUGCAGUCUGUUGCUGUUUGCAGACUGACAUCACACCGCUCUGCCAUCUGCAGAUCCAUGACUUCGGCCUCCCUACUGAUCCCGAUUGAUCCCAUGUUGAUCCGGCCUGUUGCUGGUGGAUUCCCAGUCCUUGUGGCCAUAGAUCCUUUCCAGUCCCAACAAUCCCAACUGGAGGUUGGAUUGGAUUAGAGCUGCCUUUGCUUAAACUGCUCUGUUUGGCCAUGACGUAGGACAUGAAAGUCUCAGGUCCUUGAGAGCUCAAGAGACGGACUAAUAUCACCACAAGCAGCUGUUAUUUUAAGCAAAAACCCUCUUUAAACUCAAGCAGCCCAAACAACAAGCCAUUGAAUUCAAUAUUUCAAUUAAGCUUCAAAUCUCUGUCUUUAAACUGCAUCCUGCCUCAAGAGUUGUGUUUCCUGGUUUGGUGUUUUUACUAUGCAGUAGGUGAAGCACACGGUCAUUACCAGCUCACCUCUAAAGCUCCACUUGUCAGAGAAGCACAUGCACAGUCCAGUAUGUACAUGCCUGACUGAGUAUCUCACUUGAGAGAGUUAUUGCAGCUUUGUGUAAUGUAUGUAGAUGGACUUGGAUUUUACUACUAUAGAGAUAGAUACUGUACAAUAAAACGCACACAUGGAGAAUGGCACCUCUGAUUGUUUGUUGAUGUGAAAGAACAUUCAAAUUGUAAUUUAUGGGUGGUCUGGAUAUUUUUGUAAUGCAUUCAAAAUGUUUGCUGAAUGAAAUA